AUGGCAAUGGCAAUGACGCUACCCAAAGUACCUCCUGUAACGACAGUCAUUGAAUCUUUGUUUCUUGCCCUUUUCCUUAUAUGUGUCGGCACCUGGAUUGUAACAACAAUCCGCUUUCGUAUCGACGUUGGGAAGCAUCAAGCAAGCAGAGCUGAAAAGUCGACCCUGCUGAUAGUGCCGCUGAAACCUUAUGCGAUCCCCAUAUUGGGGUCAACCUUGAACUUCCUGAACACUAAGAUUGGACGCGUCUGGGACUGUCUCAUUCGGGACUGUCAAAAGUGGAACUUGAAAGCGGUAUCGGUGCUACUUGCAGGAGUGCGAACCCACAUCCUGUUCACACCGAGUAGUAUUCUGAGCGAGCUGAGAGCCAAACAUCUGACAAGACAUAAGCAUGCUCGACUACUGGCUGUUAAUGUCUUGGGAACGUCUCAAGAAGAAGCGGCCAAGGCAUUUCCCGAAACCCCUUUGCCAAAGGCAAGCGUCACACUUGAGCGCGUUCACUCGGAGUUCCUUCUGACAGCCAUCCCUGUUACCACCCUCACAAAUAAAUUCAUGGAGUGCUUAUAUGAGGGGAUCUCAGAGGACAACAGGUUGGAAACGAGCGGAGAGAUUGAACUGUACGCCUGGGUCAAGGAGAAGGUGUUUAAUGCGUCCGUAACCGCGUUGUUCGGGUCAGAACUACUCCGCAUGCAUCCAGACCUUCAUAAGGACUUUUGGAUAUGGGAACAGAAUCUUCUCACUCUCCUCUUUGGUACCCCCAGAAUCUUCGCUCGCCAAGCCUACUCAGCACGCGAGAGGCUCCUCACCAAGCUGGAACGAUGGCUGGAGCACGGAUACAACCACACUGCCACCAUAGAUGACUCCGUCGGAUGGGAGCCCUAUUUUGGGGCCAAGGUCAUCAGGAAACGUCACGAGUACUACAAUCAACAGCAGCUAAGCUUGCGUAGCCAAGCUGGUAAAGAGAUGAUCUUCCUAGCAGGCAUACUGUCGAAUGCUAUUCCGACCAUUGGCUGGCUCCUAGCACACAUACUUUCUCCAACAAGUGGUCCCGACUUGCUCCCUCGAAUCAUGGAUGAGUUGAAGAAAUGCGUCCGGUCAGAUGGCUCGAUUGAUUUUCCCACACUCCUCCAUGUACCUGUCCUGAACUCAGUUCUUAACGAGGUGCUGCGGCUAUACAUUGAUCUGAUGAUCAUUCGACAAGUCGACGCAGACUCCACCCUAGAUAUGAUCCGAGUAAGACAAGGCGAUCAGGUCAUCGCUUCCUCCUGGAUGACCCACCGACACCCUCACAACUUUGACCUACCGAACGACUUUGACCCUAAGCGGUUUGUUCGCCACGAUCCAGGCACUGGGGACCUUUUAUGUUCGAUAUCUGGCCUGGGUGGCAAGUAUUUUCCAUUUGGCGGAGGACAUCAUAUGUGCCCUGGUCGAAACUUUGCAAAGCAGGAGAUACUUGGAACCGUUGCUGUCAUUUUACUCAAUUUUGACGUCUCUUUUAUGUCCUUCGUCGAACGGCAAGGUGACCUGGUCAAGCAGAAAGGGUUGGAUAUCAAUGGAUUUCCAAAAAUGGUGCGUGCCUUGCCCGGGAAUCAGGUCAUGGGACUCAAAGGCGACAUGGCUGUACGGAUCAAGAGAAAGGGAAACACUAGCACAUUUUAA